GAGUGUGUGUUUAUAUCUAGAUCCAGAUCCCAAUCUCAAUCAUGUUAUGACUGAUUGAUAUUCCAGGAGGAUGAGAUUCCUCAUGUCCCCCUCACCUCAAAAAAUAUAUAUUGAAGGGAAGCCACUGCAAAUUGCUAAACCAAAUUGUACAUUCAACUGCAAGGCCUAUUUCUUGUUGAAGGAAAACAUGACUGCCUCUAAUUUCAACUCAAAAUCCCAUCAACACACUCGCUCAAACAGCUUACCCACUAGAACACACCCUCUCAUUUCAGAAUUCAAUGACCAAUUGAGCAGAUCAAGAGAUCUUGAAGCAACCUCUUCAUCAUCAACAUCUAUAUGCCAGAAGCUAAAUGGCCUUCAAGAUUUGCAUGAUUGUGUUGAUAAGUUGCUCCUAUUGCCAUUCACACAAGCAUUAGCCCAAGAGCAGUGUGAGAAAUCAGUUAAUGAGAUUUUGGAUGGAUCACUCAGGCUCUUGGAUGUUUGUGAUAUGGCAAGAGAUGCCUUGUUGCAAACAAAGGUAUGCACACGUGAACUCCAAUCAACUCUGCGCAGAAGACAAGGCUAUAAAAUGGAGAUCACAGGGGAGGUUGAGAAAUACUUGGCCUCAAGAAAGGGAGUAAAAAAGGCAAUGAAGAAGAUCUUAAAGAGCAUGCAAAUUAAGUUUAUUUACAAGAACACCGAAGAUAUUCUCAUUAUUAGCAUGUUAAAAGACCUAGAAGCUGCAACUCUCAUUGGAUUUGAAUCCCUGUUGACUUUUAUUGGUAAAUCAAAGUUGCAAACAAAGUCAAGCAGCUGGUCUUUGGUUUCCAAGCUAGUUCACCACAAAAGAGUGGCAUGUGAGUGUAAAGAAACAGAUGCAAAUGAGUUUGAGAUGGUGGAUGAAGCAUUGCAAUCACUCAUCAGUCACAAGCCAAGCAAAUCUGAUUUCUCUUUGCUUAUUGAUAAUGUGCAGACUGGGCUCGGGAAGUUGGAAUUAAACAUUCAAGAUCUUGAAGUAGUGCUUGCAUGCCUUUCUAGGAGUAUUGUCAAAACUAGAGUUUCCCUUCUGAAUAUCCUCAACCACUAGCCCGAAAAUUGUCAGGGGCGUACUUUGUCUGUAAACAA